CGUCAUCGGAUUUGCUUCGCUCAGUUUUUUUUUGUUGUGGAUGUCAGAAAACACAAAAGAAAAGACAUCGUCGACCAUCGUUGCGUUCGUGCGAGUGCGAGAAAGAAAGUUUUUACAUCAGGCAGCAGCCAGCCAGCAAAAGCGAAUAUCAUUCUGCCUGCGCGGUGCGGAGGAGGUGGUGUUUUUCUUCCCGAAUUUAAAUACACAAGCGAUUUUUUCACACUUCGUCAGCAGAUCUUUAUCGCUCGCAACGCGACGCGUUUCUUCCGAUACAUUCCUACGCGCUAGCUGUGUUGCGGUGGUUCCUGCCUGCAAUCGCGACCGGAAGUGAAUUUUGAAUUGCUACUGCAAGCAUCGUCAGAAAGGGGGGCGUAUCGCGAGAGGAAGCCCCAAGUGUUGGUUAGUGUGUCACCACUCCGAAAGCGAGCGAGUGUUGUUCGAUUUUUUAGCUUUCUCGGUCGUCGCGAGUGUUCGAUAAGGGUUUCCAAACAGUGACAACGACGAUGGAGUACGAAAGCGUCGUGCUGGUGAAGCAGGAAGUGUUUGUUUACAAAAUUCCCCCGCGGCAGAGCAACCGUGGUUACCGAGCUGCGGAUUGGAACCUGGCCGAGCCGACCUGGACCGGACGGCUGCGGAUGGUGUCCAAGGGCAAGACGCUGGCCGUCAAAUUGGAAGAUAAGACCACGGGGGCGCUGUUUGCCAACUGUCCGAUCGAGGCGUACCCGGGGGUGGCCAUCGAGGCCGUGUCCGACAGCUCUCGGUACUUUGUGCUGCGGAUACAGGACGAUAAUGGAAGGACGGCAUUUAUCGGAUUGGGCUUCGGCGAUCGGUCCGAUUCGUUCGAUAUGAACGUGGCCCUACAGGAUCACUUCAAGUGGGUCAAGAACGAAGAGCAGAUCGCCAAGGAAAAGGAAGAACCCCAGCAGCAGUUGGAUCUGGGUUUCAAGGAGGGCGAGACGAUCAAGAUCAAUAUGAAGAUAACGAAAAAGGACGGUUCCGAAGGAGGUUCUAGAACCGGUGGCAAGAAGACCGGUGGACUAGGCUUGCUGCCACCUCCACCCGGAGGUAACAAGAUUGCGCCUCCACCCUCGGCAGCAUCGCCGUCGCAUCAGCCUGCGGCUGGUUCCGCAGGUCAAUCGGAUUGGGGUGAAUUCACGUCGGCUGGUGCCAAACCGCAGGCGACAGCAACGACACCAAGUAAAACGAACGCCAACUGGGUGCAGUUUUAAGGUUAUGCGACAGAAGUAACUCAAAAUAUCCUUAGCAAAAAUAUUCUAGGAAGGUAACAAAAGAAUAACCUUUAUGAGAACACACACUUUAAAACAACAAACAAAAACGAACCCUGACCCAACUACUAUUACUUCUAGUGCUACUACCACUACUACUACUACUGCAUCCUACUGUUGUUGUUGUUGUUGAACCUAACCUAGCACCCACACACACACACACACACAGACACAAACAAACACGGAAACCCCGCAAACGGCUUGCUUUGCUCGUUCGCGCAUCCCAAAAUCCCCUUGCCGUGGACAACAGAGAACCAAACUACAUAUUCCACAAUCCCUGAAAGGUAUUCAUAUACAAAAUACAUGCUUCGUGUAGGAAAACUAAAAAUUAAAACAAACAGACAGGAAGAGCUUUGCGUUAUUGGAAACUUUUGGCCGCCGAAUUCAUUGCGAAUCAUCAAAGUCAGUGACAUAUAUCCAUCUUGCAUCUACUAUAUGACAGCAGAAUAUGUAUAUCGGAACAACAUACAUACAACAUUAUUCGAAGAUAAAUUGCAGCAGAGAGUUGUUUGAAAAUACUAUAUGUAUAAACGAAUUCAUAUUAACUUUAGGGGCAAUAAUUGUGUGAGCAGAAGUUAUGGGGUGAUGAAAACCCCAAAUGUUAUGAGGAUAACUUGAAACAACAACCAACCCAACAGAAGGGGUUGUUAGGCGCGCAUACUACUACUGUUGUAAAUUUUCGGUCAUUUUGUUAUUAAGUUUUCGUUUUUUUUUCUUCUUUGAAUCGUGAUGACUACAGGUUUCCCUAUUAAAAACGCAAGUAUAGGGCGCGUUCUGAGUUACAAAAUUUACGAAAUCAGCUUAGUAACAAAUUAAAGUGUGGUUGAGUGCAACUUCAAGCGAUAUAGCUAUUUUCUGAAAAAUUUGUAAUAUUCCUAUCGGUACCGUGGGUUUACGGAGCGUUUUACGCGUUUUCUUGACGAUUUUGCUUAAAUUAGAGUUGAUACUGUUGAAACAUUUCUCGAUGAUUUAUUUUAUAUAUUUAGGUUAGUUAAAUUUAGAAUUAGACCCGCGGAAAAAUAAGAACAAGCGAAAAUGUAGGAUAAGCAAGUACAUUUAUGAAGCAUUCAAUAAAUAGUGUUAUCAUGGAAAUACACAUAUUCUGUGUGAAGCUCA